AGCUUGGGUGCACAGUCUGCUUCCGAACUUUUAUACGCGCGUAUGGUGACAUUGAGUACACAGCUGAAAAAAAUAUGUUUCUUCCAAAAUUUUUACCGUUGCUAUCAUGCCUAAUAUUUGGUGUGUCCUUAAGCGCUGGAAUAACUGACCUAGAGGUCAAUGCGAUCGACUGCAAUUGCGAUGUGGAUAUUGAAAUUGUCAAACUCGUGCUCGAGAAGCUGGAAAAGCUCGAACAAAGGGUGGAGGAGAUCAGCAAGAACAAGAACACACAAGUGGAAAUAGCCAAACCGAAAAGCAGUGUGCCCACCAACUGCAUAGAAGCUGCUGCCCGCACCUUCAAGAGCGGCAUCUAUCCGAUACAAGUUGGACGUUUUAGCGAGAAACCCUUCGAGGUGUGGUGUGAUGAGGACACCGAUUUCGGCGGUUGGACGGUCAUACAGCGACGUGUCAGCGCCGAUGUGGACUUCUAUCGCAAUUGGGCGGACUAUAAGAACGGUUUCGGCGAUUUGGCGAAGAACUAUUGGAUCGGACUCGAUAAGUUGCAUGCGCUCACCACAAGCUGUGAACACGAGUUGUACAUACAGAUGGAGACUUUCGCCGGUCAGAAAUACUAUGCGAAAUAUACGCAAUUCGUGGUGGGUAGCGAGGCGGAGGGCUAUGUGCUGAAGAAUGUGUGCGGUUAUAAGGGAAAUGCCGGCGAUUAUUUCCAAAAUCAUCAAGGCAAUAAAUUCACCACACACGAUCAAGAUAAUGAUCAGAAGGACGAUCAAAAUUGCGCGGAGAAAUGGCGUGGUGGUUGGUGGUACAACAGCUGCUAUUGGAGCAACUUGAAUGGCGCUUAUACCAAAGAGACGAACGGUCAGGGUAUCGUGUGGAUCGGCAUCAACCGCGAUGAGUCAUUGAAAUUCGUACAAAUGAUGAUACGCCCGACGCAGGCUUGCAUGAAGCGGUUGUCGUUGAGAAAUUGAGUUGUGUGGUCUUAAAAUGGCAAACCAUAAGGGUUAGUAGAAUAGAGAAGUUUAUCGCAUGUAAAGCGUGACACUCUGGAAACAAAAAAAAAAAAAAACAAAAAACAAAAUAUUAAAAAAUAUAUAUAUUCAUUAUUUUGAAAGUAGUAUCGAAAUGAUAAUAUAUAUAUGUAUAGCUUUCAUUAUUAUUAAAAAGAAAUCUAUUAAUUUUCAAGUAAUAAAUUUCUACUGUGUAAAAAA